CAUUUUCCCGGCAGCCGUGUACGACGCUGCGUGCAGAAAAUGGAAACGCGCCACCGUCGUCAUGAUCGGCGGUGGAAGAGUGGUUCAGAAGUUGUAUGGUGUAUGGGGUCCGCGUGUACCAACUCAGAACCCCACUUUACAAAGCUUCUUCAUUACCCUUCGUUCUUUAAUUCCUUUUUCUGCAUUAGGGUUUGCUCCGAAUUCCACUCAAUCUUCUUCCAAUCGAAUAUAUUCUUCCUUUUUCCUCAUCGAUCUGCCACCAUUCUUUUCAUCUCUCCAAGUGAGAAAUCAAAUGGGCAAAAGGAAAAAGAAACAUAAAGCCGUAGUUCGUUUUCUUUUUCCUUCCGUUUUCAAAAACCCUGAAUCUCUCUCGCAAUUUCAAUUCUCGUCAUGCUAGUUUUUCAAAUCAGACAAGGAGCGGAACCAGAAACAGAAGAUUGAAGAAGAGGAACCACACCAUAGGAUGGAAUCUGCUACCCUUAAUAGAAUAAUUAGCAGGUUGCUUGAAACCGGGAGCAAAUCGGGGAAGCAGGCGCCGCUUUCUGAGACGGAAAUUACUCAGUUAUGCAUGGUCUCCAGGAAUAUCUUCUUAAGGCAACCAAAUCUUUUGGAAAUUGAAGCUCCUGUCUAUAUCUGCGGAGACAUCCAUGGUCAGUAUACUGAUCUUCUAAGGCUUCUUGAAUAUGGUGGAUUACCUCCUCAUUCGAACUACUUGUUCUUGGGGGACUAUGUAGAUCGUGGAAAGCAGAGCUUAGAAACCAUGUGCCUUCUCCUUGCAUAUAAAAUAAAAUAUCCUGAAAACUUCUUUCUUUUGAGGGGCAACCAUGAAUGUGCAUCGGUCAACCGUAUCUACGGUUUUUACGACGAAUGUAAACGGAGAUUCAACGUCAAACUCUGGAAGAUAUUCACAGACUGUUUCAAUUGCUUGCCUAUGUCUGCUCUGAUUGAUGAAAGGAUACUCUGUAUGCAUGGUGGACUGUCUCCUCAUCUUGACAAGUUGGAUCAGAUUAGGAACUUAAAGCGGCCUACUGAUGUUCCCGACAACGGGUUAGUUUGUGAUCUUCUCUGGUCUGAUCCAAGUCAAGAAACACGAGGCUGGGGACCGAAUGAACGAGGGGUUUCUUACACAUUCGGAGUGGAUCGAGUUACAGAGUUUCUUCGAAAGCAUGAUCUUGAUUUGAUUUGUAGAGCUCACCAGGUCGUGGAGGACGGGUACGAGUUUUUUGCAAAUCGAAAACUUGUAACACUAUUUUCUGCUCCAAAUUACUGUGGAGAGUUCGAUAAUGCUGGUGCAAUGAUGCACGUGGAUGAAAACUUAAUGUGUUCGUUCCAAAUACUAAAACCAGCUGAUAAGAAGGCGAGGUUUGGCUUCGGCAGCAUGUCGUUGGGACGGUAGGGCAGUUCAACUAAAGUCAAGUCGUUUCUGGGAGGAAUCGGAUGAAACUCGUACCAUGUUCUUACCAAACUGCGUCAUCUGAUACAGGUUUCUUCCUCGAUGUAACAAACAUUAUGUUUUGUGCUCAUUGACACUCAUCUUUAGAGAACAAAAUAAUUGUUUUCCUGAGCAUGUUCAUGAAUCUCACGAUAGUUCUUGAG